AAAAAAAAAAAAUUGAACGGUUCAGAUCUCUCCAAUUUCCCUCCCCUACAUAUUUUAAGUAUUUGUAAACUGUAUCUUGGCCACACUAUUUCAGUCACUUCAAUUCUCUGCCUUCCGUUGCCGAACGCGAGAAGAAGUCCCCAAAAAACACCGCAAAAAAGAUAAAAAGGAUUAGGAGGCAAAGAAAGCGAACAAAAUAGAGGAGGAGAAGCACAAGGAAGAGCGCCACAGCUCCGCCACUGUGGUUGUGGUGGCUUUGUUUUCCUAAACGAACCCAAUUUGAGGGAAAACCCAGCAAAGGGAUAAACAUAAACAAACGCCAGAAAGCCAAACUCGCUGCAUCCGCGGGAGUGCGAGCCUGCAGAUCCGACCUGCAUUUUGCUUCUCAGUACCUCUUUCUCCAGCUAAGCUAGAUUAGGGGCUCAAAGAUGGUGGCACAGGGGUUCGUAGUUGAUCUCAAUAAACCACUUGUCUUCCAGGUUGGUCAUCUGGGUGAGGCAUAUGAUGAAUGGGUUCACCAGCCUAUUGUCAGCAGAGAGGGUCCUAGGUUCUUUGCAAAUGAUGUUAUGGAGGCCUUGACUCGUACAGUUUGGUGGGUAAUUCCGACCAUCUGGAUUCCAGUUGUAUGCUAUUUCGCUGCAAUGUCUGCAAGGCUGGGCCUCGUUAUUCCUGAGGUUGUUUCGUUGUUGUUUUUGGGCGUUUUCCUAUGGACACUAGUUGAAUACACCUUGCAUCGCUUCCUUUUCCACAUUAAGACUACUUCUUACUGGGGAAAUACUGCACACUAUCUCCUUCAUGGCUGCCAUCAUAAGCAUCCCAUGGACGGUUUGCGCCUCGUCUUUCCUCCCGCGGCAACAGCUAUUCUAUUAGUACCAUUCUGGAACUUUGUUAAGCUUCUGUCCACGCCUACGACUGCGCCUGCCCUUUUUGCUGGUGGUUUGCUGGGGUAUGUUAUGUACGACUGCACCCAUUACUACUUGCACCACGGGCAGCCAUCGAAUGAAGUUCCUAAGCAUCUCAAGAAAUAUCACAUGAAUCAUCACUUCAGAAUCCAAGACAAGGGGUAUGGAAUCACUUCUUCCCUGUGGGACAGGGUGUUUGGAACACUUCCUCCAUCGAAAGAAGCCCAAAAGAGUAGAUAAGUUUUGAUAUGGGAACCAGUGCAGUCCUGAGUAGAGAGUCGGGAACACACCAGCUAAUGGGGGAGGAAGGAGAAGGAAAGGGGAAGUAGUGGGUGCUUUCUCUGGAUGAUUUCGAUGCUGUGUAUUUUUCCCGUUGUCCCUAGACCAUAUAAAAUAUCAAUAUUCAUUCUUGUGCUGCCUGUUCAAUUGAUUGGUUUAGUUGGUAGCUUGGCAACUUCAAAAAGAAAUAUGGGUUUGGGGACAACUUUGUAGCCUUUUGGUUUUUGUACCUUUGGUAAGUGGGUUUUGCUUGAGCAUCUCUGAGUUCGAUUCUCUGUAACGAGAGAAACAAAAUAGAAUAGAAAACAACAAAAGACCGUUAUUGUUUGUAUUCAGCGAUAGAACAAUAGCAUCGGUGAGAUGAUGUCACCUUCUGUAUCUCUCAGCGAGUUGAGAUGAAAAAGAAAGGAGAAAUCGAGAAGCAGGAGAAGAGAAUCAGAGAGCUUGAAAGAGAGAUACAGAGAGAAAGGGGAGGAAAAGUUUGUUAUUUCUUUAUAGAUGGGUCUAACAGAAUACAAUGGCUUUCUUAAGUAGGCUGGUCUACUCUUGUCAGGGUGAAUGGUGGAACUCUGAGGUAGCUGAAGCUUGUAGGCCACCAAUCUCAUCUUCUGCACAAUCAAGAAAGGCCCAAAGAACAUGAGAGCUAGUUUUUUAUUUGCCAUCAACUCCACUAAUGGCUGCUUGUAAGGUCGCAAUUUCACAUAAACCCAAUC